UACCGUGCUGUGGCACGGCAGGCCCGGUCAUUCCUUCAAAAAAAUUCGGUGCGGGAGGGAAAAACUGAAAAGUUGAAACCGAGUAGAGUAGCAAAACCGGAAAACGGAAGAAACCCUUUCUUUGUUCUCUCCCUCUCUCUCUCUCUCUGUUUGCACCCAUCGCAGAACAAGAGCAACACCGCUUCGCGUGGAAAUGGCGGGUCGUUUCCCUCCCGACGGGUCCUAUCCACUUCUUCACGCCAUAGAGGACGAGAACGGCAAUUUAAUCGCAUACGACUACGACGAAGAAGAAGACGAGGACGAGGACGAGGAUUCUGCCUCCGAAGACGAAGAAGGCGAAGAUACCAGCGACGACGAACAGGAGGCCGUCGUUCCUCCUCCUCCGCCGCCCCCUAGGGUUUCUCCUUCGCGUCCCGCGACACUAUCUGAGGACAGCGAAGUUAGUCAGAGGACGAGGGGAGGGGGCGAGACCACGACGUCGUCGUUGUCGCAGGAUUCGAGUGGGCGGGAGUGGAGUAGGAGCGAGAUUGACGGAUUGUUUUGCCCUAUUUGUAUGGAAGCUUGGACCAGUGGCGGUGACCACCAAGUCUGUUGUCUUCCCUGUGGCCACUUAUAUGGCACGUCUUGUAUCAAGAGAUGGUUGCAGCAACGUAAAAAUUUAGGGAAGUGUCCUCAAUGCAACAGGAAAUCCACAUUGAAGGAUGUAAGGGUAAUUUAUGCACAACAAAUUGUUGCCAUUGAUCAAGAAAUACAAAAGAAAGUUCGAUCUCUUGAAGCUAAAUGUGCUUCCUUAGAGGAGAAGAAUAACGACUGGCAGAAGAGAGAAUGUGAAUGGCGGAAGAGAGAGGCUGCUUUGGAUCUUCAAGUGCACCAACUUAGGGAGAGGAAAAGUUAUUUGGAGCGUUUGUUGGGAGAUGCACAAAACAGGCCAUCGGGAUUGCUCAAUGCACACGAGGGUUGUACAGAACAAGCCAUGUUUGGACGUAACCUGGAUUUGAAAUAUUGUGGUCAAGGAUCUUCAAGCAACUUCAUAUUGCAGAAGGAGUUGCAGGUAGAUGGUGCUAAACUUUUUGAUGUGGAUGCUUCCAGUCAAAUUGGUAUUAUUGCUCAAAGGCUGUCUGGAAUGGGAGGAAUGCAUGUACUCGCCAAAAUGAGCUUGAUUGCUCCACAUGGAAGGGAAAAUAUUGCGCUUCCUGUCAACACAAAAGCUGUUAGAGAUCUCCGUGUUGCCCCUCAUGGCAGACUGGCACUCCUUGCUUCAUUGGGGAAGAAAUUAUCGAUUAUCAGUAUGGAAAGCAACAACACUGUUCUUUCUUAUGAUUUGCCGGCUGCUGCUUGGUCAUGUUCAUGGGAUCUUAACUCCUCACAUUACGUAUAUACUGGAUUACAGAAUGGUAUGCUUCUUGUGUUUGAUAUGCGCCAAACUUUGAAGCCAGUGGAAUCUGUAGUUGGGUUGACAUCCAAUCCCAUUCAUACAAUGUACUCUCUUUUACCAGAUUCAACUCUUCCUUCUGGCGUUAGAAGCCUCUUAACUGCCUCUUCUGGCGGUCUGUGUCAGUGGAACUUUGGGGCCAUAGAAGAAAGGACAUUUUUGAUUCCUGGAUCAGAGAAUCAAGGAGUUUGUAUAGCUCUUGCUUAUUGUCCAAGCAGUAAUCAUAUCGUUGCUUCCUUUCGUCCGAAAAUUGAGAUGUCUAAUGAUACGGUUGUUUCUCAGCCUUCACUUUCUCCUGUCACCUCUCUAAUGGGGAAAGGAGUAUGGGGCACCCAUGUUCUAUACAAGGCUUUGGGUAACAGUUGUUAUCAGAAGUUAGGAUCAACAUGUGCGUCUGUAAAUGAAGUACGACUGCCAAAAUCUGCAAUUAUAUACAAUCAAAACCUACAAUUUGCCUCUACUAACGAAGUAACAUGUGAAGUCGUCUUGCAAGAGUUGCCAUCUUUUAUGGUGGUUCAGCAUCUUAAAUCUCAGACACAUCCGAUUCGAGAUGUGAAAUACACACAUGACUUAAGUUCAGGAUUACUAAGUUGUUUAAGCGAGGACAGAUUGCAACUUUUCUCCAGGAAGACCUUGUGAAGAAGCUAGCAGUUUGAUAGGCAAGCAACUGACUACAAUGUCCACUAUUCUUUUGGGCCAUAUAUAUGGAUCAGUAUCACAGACACGAACGGCAUCUUCUGGAAAGGGUUUGAUUGCUUUGACAUGGAAUGUAGCAUACUAGUAAGAUGUGUAUAUUUGGGUUUUGUUUUUUUUGUUGGUAAGUUAUUAAGGGGAUAGUAUUGUUUUUGGUAUCUGUUAGGUUUUUGAAUAGAUCAUCGGUAGGUGUUACUCUGCAAGAUUACCCUAGCUAUGGGGCCUCCAUUGUUGAUAAUAUUCGUUUUACACAAGAUUUUCAUGAUACAUGUGCAUUGUAAACCUUUCUUGACUUUGUUCUCGGUGCUUUGUUUACUGAUGUUGAAUCCAAUAACCAACUUACCUUGUUCU